CAAUUAUCACUCUUUGUUUCUUUUUUUCAGGUGACAGAUUUCUCUAAUACACUCAGAGCGAUGACAUUCAGCAAACGAUUGCUUUGCCUGUCAGGGAUUUGGCCUUUGGAAAUUCGUGACAGUUUAUUCAUAUCGUUUAUACUUUAUGGCUUUAUUUUCAAUAUAUUAGCACUACUAGAUAUGAUAAAGUACAUCAAAAAUUUUCGUUACGUUCUCGCUAACGUAAUGGAAAAUAUGGCGGUCGUAACGACCGUGACCAAGAUAUUAAUGUUACGAAUAAAGUGUCGUCCGUUGUCACAAUUUCUGGUCGAAACGAAAGCGGAUUACACAGCUGAUAACUAUAACAACGACGAAGAGAGAUCGAUUUUUUUUAAAUAUAACAACCUUUCUUAUACAAUGAUCAUUCUUUUGUUUCCUUGGACAGCGUUCUUGCUAUUUUUCUAUUAUUUUAAAAUUGUCAUACCAAAUAUAAUAAUGGUUUUGAGAAAUGCUACAUCGGAAUAUAAAUUACCAUAUAAAAUAAAGCCGUUACUGGAACCGUACAAUGCAAAAAGUUAUGCAUUUGGGUGCAUACACGAAUUUUUACGUAUAAUAAUGAUCAUUUCCGGUUACUUGGGUACUGAUUGUUUCUUUACGUCUACUGGUUUACAUCUCAGCGGUCAAUUGGCCGUAUUGAAAUGUAAAGUUAAGAAUGUUUUGAAUGAUACACACGGUUCACGGCAGGGGAUUCGAAAAAUAAUUCUUGGACAUCAUCGGUUGAUAAGAUUAGUCGAUUUGUUAGAGGAUAGUUUUAACAUCAUUAUCGGACAACAUUUAUUUGGGACAACGAUACUGCUUUGUAUAUCGAGUUAUCGAAUGCUCUCCAGUUUAGCAGUCAUCGAAACAGCAGGUAUAAUAACAUUUGUUGUCUAUGCAUUUUUUUUGAUGUGCAAAUUAUUUAUUUAUUGCUACGUGGGAGAAGCUCUCCUCGAGGAAAGUUCGAAUUUGUGUGAUGAACUUUAUUUUUGCGAAUGGUACGAGCUAUCGAUGAUAGAUAUGAAAUCGAUUUGGAUAUGUAUGAUGCGCACUAGUAAGCCACUAAAAUUGACUUGCGCGAAGUUUUCAGUUUUGUCUGUGCGCACUUUUACCGACAUAGUGAAUAAAUCAAUGGCGUACUUAUCCUUUCUACGGACUGCUCUAUAA